AAACAAAAGGAAACCAGCUGCAGAACUUCCUGAAGGCGGAGAGGGGGGACGCGGCAGCGCGCAGGCAGGCGGGCAGAGAGGCAGGCAGCUGCCUGCGGCACUGGGGAAGGGGCGGCAGCGGGACCCUGGCGCCACUCUGCUGCGGCCACCAUGACCAGCGCAAUCCUGAGGAGGAACUCCAGCAAGCAGGGCCUGCAGAAUCUCAUCAGGCUGACAGCACAGUGGAGUGUGGAAGAUGAGGAAGAGGCGGCGAGAGAGCGGCGGCGGCGGGAGAGGGAGAAGCAGCUGAGGUCCCAGGCAGAAGAGGGCUUGAAUGGCACCAUCUCCUGCUCAGAGAGCUCGGGUCCAGCACAGGAAAACCACUAUGACUUUAAGCCAUAUGGGACUUCAGAGCUGGAGGAGGAUGAGGGGUUCAGUGACUGGUCUCAGAAGCUUGAGCAGCGCAAACAGAGAUCUCCACAACAGUCAUAUGAAGAGGAGGACAGUCGUGUGAAGGAAGCUGAAGUCAAACUGGAGCAGAUCCAGCUGGAUCAGGAAAGCCCGGAGGAGAUCCGAGAGGAGAAUGUGGUUACUGGGGAGGAAGAGAGACUGUGCCAGGAGGCAGAACAGGUCCAAGAGCAGGAAGAAGAGGGGAGAGCUGAGCAAGAGGAAAAGAAGAGAAGGAGAAAUGAGGAAGAAGAAAUGACACCAGAAAAACGCCAGAAGGCCCCAAGCCCUGCUAGCCUGGAAGAGGAGGAGCUGUGCCCUGACCACACUUUAGUCUGCUCCACUAAGCUCACAGACAGAACCGAGUCGCUGAAUCGCUCAAUAAAGAAAAGUAACAGCAUAAAGAAGAGUCAGCCUCCCCUCCCUGUGUCGAAGAUUGAUGACAGGCUGGAGCAGUACACACAGGCUAUUGAGACAUCCACAAAGGCUCCAAAACCUGUUCGACAACCUGUUCUUGACCUUCCCACCACGAGCAUGAUGGUAGCCAGCACAAAAAGCCUCUGGGAGACUGGAGAGGUCACAGCUCAGUCUGCCAUGAAGUCCUUGCCCUGUAAGGAUAUUGUGGCUGGAGAUAUUGUGAGUAAAAGAAGCCUUUGGGAACAGAAGGGCAAUCCCAAACUGGAGACCAAUACCAAGUCCACUCCUUCUGGCAAAAAGUAUAAAUUCAUUGCAACAGGCCAUGGCCAGUACAAGAAGGUGUUGAUAGACGAUGCUGCAGAGAAAUAGCAUGCCUGGAGAACUCAUUAACCAGCUGAGCUUGGUCCUGGCUCGAUGCAACUCUCAAUGCCACUAUUUCCUCUGCUCCAUAGAAGAUAAUUGAAGGAUGUUUCUCUUCUGCCUGAUGCCAGCCUGCUUUGGUACAGCCUGACUGCUCUCAGGUUAUGAGUAAUACCCCAUGCUGCCUCUGGAUGGAUGGAAGGAACUAGAUCAGCUGGAAAAACCUACCCCUGUUAUAACCUUCAAUGUGACUCUGGCAUUUUUUUCUUUUUCCAUUUUUUUUUUUUUUUUUUCAAUCUGGCUCUGCUAUGGAGAUGGGAGCCUGUGCUCUGCUCCCUCUCUUCCAUCCAAGUCUGGAAGAGGGGGAUCAGUUGAGCUGUCAGGGAUUUUGCUAUGUGAUGAAGAACUUCUACCUUUGUGGUUCUUGGUGGUUGGUGGUGGGAGAGAUGGAGCUUAACAGAAACCUAGCAAAAGAAUCAGUGUUUGGAAGGAAGGCAGUGGGCAUAUCCGGAGCACGAGGCGACUGUGAGGACCACUUAUCACCAUGUUGGUGCCAGCUGUGGGUAAAGUCUUCCCCUGUUUACAAUGCAGCCUCUGUCCUUCUACAACAUCUGCUUUGAGGGAUUUCCAUCUACUGGAUUCUGUGUAUGUCAAAUCACAUUCAACUUAGUCCUGUUUUUUAGUCUAUUUCCCAGAUCAUCCUUUAAUUGCAGUUACAUACCCAUGCCAAAAUGUUCCUGCCACUUUUCAGUCUUGACAGUGUCAAUAGCAGCUUUGUUUCAAAUAGCUGCUGCUUUCCUCUCCCUAACAUGGAUUGGAAGUCUCCUUUCACAGGUAAGGAGUGCUGGCUGCUGGUAUUACGUCCCUUCUCUGUGAAAGAUAUUUGUUUGUUCCUAACCUGCAGGCUCCAGUGCCAGUGAUUGAAACACUUUUUCUGAAUGGCAGUGGUGAUGGGUAUGUUGACAGUUCACCCUCAGUGCUCCUGAAGGAGGACAGGAUAACUGGGAAACAGCGGCUGUUCUUAUACUGAAAGCUGCCUCAGUGAAAGGGCAUCCUAGUGAUUUGUUUGGGGAGGUCAGAGCUUGCUGUGAACAUGGGGAAACUAAGUCCCUAAAGAGUGUUGCUCUGGCCUUGGGCCUGAGGUCUGUAAAUCAGCUCCUAGGGCUGUUUCUGAACUCUCCCAUGUCUUCAUAUGUCAUAGUGUUAGCAUGACCCAUCCCCUCUUUAUAUUCUUAGUUCCUACCCUUUUCUCAUGUCAACAUAAUUUUGCAACUUGUUUCUGCUUUCCUGGAGGGAGGACAGCUUCUCUCUCUCCUGCAUCAGUGUGCUUUCUGCUUCCAUUUACUGCAUCCUGGAUUGGUUUCUUUUUUCUUUUUGUAAGCAUUUAAUAAAAUUUGAGGAAGAUGUUGUAA